AUGGCCGACUCCAAUAGCGGUGGUCGCAGGCCGAUCUACCCUGCCGGAACGAUCGCUAAAGUGUCUAGCGAUAUAUUGGAUGAAACCUUUCGCAACAUCAUUCACGAUCUCGUCGCCAAAGUUCAUCGCGAAGAAAAGGUGGCGCGUAUGCGUUCCGCAGUGGUUGUUGCCCGACAGAAAGCAGAGGACGAAGCAAUCCUCCCGGAAGAAACACCCAGCAAGACAGCAGUUGAUACAAAGAGAGAAAUUGUCCUGGAUCACAAGAAGCUCGCCGGGAUGCACAUGGAAACAGAUGCAGCCGUCUACGACCGCGGAAAGGUCUAUCUGAAAGGGAACCCCCUCCACACGGUCAAAGAAAUAAUUUGUCCCGAUUGCCGUCUUCCACGCCUGCUUUACCCGACUGCUGGUGUUGCAUGCCGAGCUCCUCCUGAUGCCGAUGCCGAAUACUGCUCGAACCGGCCACUUAUUACCCAGCCGGGGCACGAUGCCCACGGCAAACUGUAUGCGAUCAUGCCAAACCCUAAGAAGAAGAAGGGCGAUCGCGACAGCACAAUUCCCGAAAUUCCCACCACCAAAUGUCCCAUCUGCCCUCGCUAUUUCAUCAUGACCCGUCUCGCCCAGCAUCUCGACCGUUGUCUAAACCUCUCUGGCCGUGGCGCCGGUAUGCGCAACAAAACUCCCACCGACAGCGGAGCCAGCAACGGUAACAGCCCAACAUCCUCAGCCAAGCGUUCUUACGCAGACGACGAUGAGGGCAGCCCAAGCCCCACCAAGAAGAAGAAGCUUAAUGGGCCCAAGAAGGGUUCCUCGAAUAAGCCCGGCCCCAGCAAGCUCAAGCAAUCCUUCACGGUGGAGGAUAACGACGACGAUGCGAAGAGCGAGAAUGCGGACUAA